AGUGAUGGAAAACAUAUGAGCAGUAACAAGUUUUAAUCUCGCUCCUUAGCGCGAACAUGGACUAAUCUGUGGAGGCAGUUUACUCAGCAUCACCAGGGUGCAGCCACACAGAGCUGGGAGCAGGGCUGGUGUUUGAUUGGGUGUUGUUUUUUUAUUUUCUUUUAAUGUAACACUUUUCUUUUCUUAAAGAGUUUGAGGAUACUUACACUAUAGCUGAGAAAUACAGGGUGGAUAAAUUCUACUUUGAAGAAAACUUCUCUUCUGACAAGGUUGGAUUUGUACCCAGGACAGAAUGAAGGAGUAUAUGAUGCUACUGCUGUUGGCUGUGUGCUCUGCUAAACCCUUCUUUAGCCCUUCACACACAGCACUGAAGAAUAUGAUGUUGAAGGAUAUGGAAGAUACAGAUGAUGAUGACGAUGAUGACAACGAUGAUGACAAUUCACUUUUUCCAACAAAAGAGCCAGUGAACCCCUUUUUCCCUUUCGAUUUGUUUCCAACAUGUCCAUUUGGGUGUCAAUGUUACUCUCGAGUUGUUCACUGUUCUGAUCUAGGUCUGACCUCGGUCCCAAGCAACAUUCCAUUUGAUACUCGGAUGGUUGACCUUCAAAAUAAUAAAAUUAAGGAAAUUAAAGAAAAUGAUUUUAAAGGACUCACUUCACUUUAUGCUCUGAUUCUGAACAACAACAAGCUAACCAAGAUUCACCCCAAAACCUUUCUAACCACAAAGAAGUUGCGAAGGCUAUAUUUAUCUCACAAUCAACUAAGUGAAAUUCCACUUAAUCUCCCCAAAUCAUUAGCAGAACUCAGAAUUCAUGACAACAAAGUCAAGAAAAUACAAAAGGACACUUUCAAAGGAAUGAAUGCUUUACAUGUUUUGGAAAUGAGUGCAAACCCUCUAGAUAACAACGGGAUAGAACCAGGAGCAUUUGAAGGGGUGACAGUAUUCCAUAUCAGGAUUGCUGAAGCAAAACUAACCUCAAUCCCAAAAGGCCUACCACCAACUUUACUGGAGCUUCACUUGGAUUUCAAUAAAAUUUCAACUGUGGAACUUGAAGAUUUUAAACGAUACAAGGAACUGCAAAGGCUGGGUCUUGGAAACAACAGAAUCACAGAUAUCGAAAAUGGAACUUUUGCUAAUAUUCCACGUGUGAGAGAAAUACAUUUGGAACACAAUAAACUAAAAAAAAUCCCUUCAGGAUUACAGGAGCUGAAAUACCUCCAGAUAAUUUUCCUGCAUUAUAAUUCAAUUACAAAAGUGGGGGUGAACGACUUCUGUCCAACAGUGCCAAAAAUGAAGAAAUCUUUAUACAGCGCAAUCAGUUUAUUCAACAACCCAAUGAAGUACUGGGAAAUACAACCUGCAACAUUCCGUUGUGUUCUCGGCAGAAUGAGUGUUCAGCUUGGGAAUGUUGGAAAGUAAUAGUUAAUGACAUGCUUUAAAUAUAAAAAUUCAAAAAUUUACAUACUGUAAUACUUGAAUUGAACUAAUAAUGGUAAUAUUGUACACAUAAGCAAAAUUCUAUUCCAUAUGGUCAAUGACAAAAAAUUUCAACAGAAUUUUGCCUAUCAAUACUCAGAAUAAAUGUCUAUUGCAGUGUCCUUUUGCACAUGAAUGAUUCUGUGUAGAUCUUUUGCUUGAACAUUCUAUUUUUCAGCAAUGAAAAGAUGAUAUUCAGUGUUUAGCCCUUCAUUACCAGAUAUGCUAAACAGAGUUGUACUGUAAACAGAACGCUUGACUUAGUAACAUUUGUGCCCUUUCUUUGCUGUUAGAGAAACAAAACUGGCAAGAACAGCGAUAUGAAGAAACACAUAUUUUUAGUAUCUCUUUAGUAACUUGGAUAGUACUGUAAUAUUUCCAAUAAUGUUGAAAUAUAUAAUUUGACAAAAUCAUAUUGAAAUUCUCAAUUCAUAGUAAAACUAUAAGUAUUUACUAUCAACAGAUAAUAUUCGUAAGAGUUGGCUUUUUUUUAACUAUAGCACAUGAUUUUCUUUUUUAAUUAUUAUAUGGUUAUAAAACUGUAAAAUGUUAUGACUCUUAUGUAAAUGUAUAAUGUGCAUUUUAUGAUCAGUUAUAUAAGCUUUUAAGAACACAGCAACUGUUAGGUUACAUAGCAUCGUCACUUCAAAUAGGAACAUAUCAUGAUAUUUCUUUGGAAGAGUAUGGAUGUUGAUCAAUUCUGCAUCAACUUAUCAUUUCAAAUACGCAGACUAGACAACUCUGAGAAACACAUCUGGGCUGACAAAAACUAAAAACUGAACAAAACGUAAGAGUACCUUCACAUGUUUUUUUAAACUGAUAUUCAAUAUGAAUUAAAUAAAAUGUGGAAAUCAGGAAAACAUUAUUAAAAUACUGGUUUUAAAUAAA